AUGCCGUAUGCGAGGUUCCCCGGUGCAGAAAGCACUGCGCCUGCAUAUCGUGCCCUUUGUUCACAAGGCUACGCGGUUGGAUGGGAAACGACCUACGAUAUUGCAGUCAAUCUUACAACGAGAACAGGCAUGCAUGGUAAAGUCAAAGUUCGGAAAACGCCCAACAAUCACUGGACCAGGACCAAUGGGCUGUCUUGGGGACGCCGGUGGUGGAACAGAUGGGGAACUGCUGGAAUUAAUUACACGACCUAUCAAGGAAUAGGCCCUGAGAAAGCCAAUGCUCGAAUCGUGUAA